CACGAAAAUGUCAAUUUGUUGUCAGAAAUAUCGCCGAAUAGAUAAAGAAAAUGUCAGAUAGUAAGUCGACCGAGGGCUGGCAGAGAAAAUGGUGCUGUCGAGGUCGAAGCUGUGUUUCCUGACAUAAAUCACUGGGUUGACUAGUAGACAUAUCGAAAUUUUUUAUACUCUCGAUUUGUAUCAACGUAGUUUAGUGACCCACUUGCUGUAGAAUUUAUCCAAAUAGUCGCCAGCUAUGGGAAGUACCUCAUCCAAAUUCAAAAAGUACCUUCAACAUGGAGACGAGUUCGCCGCCAUGCAAAUCUACCAGAGUUCCCCGGAGCUGAGGAAGAACUUGGACCCUAACCUCAGCUACGGAGAGAACCACAAUCACAAUACAGCUCUUCACUACGCUGCCAAACAUGGUAUGAAGCACCUCCUCCGCACGUUCUUGAACGACCUGGGUGGGAAUCCCAACAAGAAGAAUGGCUUGAACGAGACGGUCCUCCACAGCGCCUGCCAGCUGAACCAGACAAAGAGUUUCAGCGCUCAAGAACGCAGAGCGGCGUGCGUCCAGCUCCUGCUUUAUUGGAAGGGCGUCUCUUUGAAUAACGGCGGCAGGGAAAAAGUCGAUCUCGCCGCACAGGACAAGGAAGGCAACACUGCUUUGCAUUGGGCAGCACAAACAGGUCUAAAGAGAUGCGUAGAGUUACUUCUGGCCCACGGUGCCCCACUUUUUGUGGAAAAUAAUGACAAAUUAACACCCUGUGAUCUAGCAAUGAGAGGAUCUCACCACGACAUAGCGAGAUUACUGGAAAGCAGAAUGGUUUUUGCAGAUAACGCUGAUGUGGUAAAUGAGGACGAAAUAAUCAGUGACCAAGAAGUUUAUAGUGGACUGCGCAGUCAGGAUUUACAAGAAGCUAAGGACCAGCUACUUGUUGAUACUUCUGAUAUGUUGAAGAUCCCUUUGUUUACAGCAGAAGCAUUGUUGAGGGACAAUGAAUGGUCCAGGGAGUUGUUAUUAGAGAAGUGGAUGAGAGACCCUGUGGAGUGUUGCCAAUUAGCUGGUGUUCAAGCACCGUCAUCAGUUUUACAACACGCUGGGUCUGUAGAGUCGAGUAUAUCCACCGAAACUACGGGAGAAGUCAAUGAAGUUAUGUGCGAGAUCUGUCUCUUCACCAUUUCAAACUGGGAGCAACCGGUGAAAAUGUCCUGCAAGCACUCGUUCUGUAAGAUUUGUUGGAAGAGUUAUCUCACCACGAAGAUCCAGGACGGUGACGCCCACAACAUACUUUGCCCUGCUUAUCAGUGCCACAUUUUGGUGCCUGUGGAGCUGAUUGAGAAACUGGUCACGCCAGAUAUGGCUAGGAGAUACCUUCAGUUCGACAUAAAGGCGUUCGUGGAGAGCAAUAAGAGCAUCAAAUGGUGCCCCAUCGCGGGCUGCGGGAGGGCCGUGCGGCUCCCCGAAGCGGAACAAAUCGGGAGCAGCAGGACUACCAACAACAAGCUGGUGCCGAUCACGUCGCACGCUGUGGACUGCGGCAACGCCCACUUCUUUUGCUGGGAAUGCUUGGGAGAGGCGCAUGCACCGUGUGGCUGCAAGCAGUGGCAAGAAUGGCAAGUGAAAAUAAAGGAAGUAAAGCCAGAAGAAUUGAAGGCGUCUUGCAGCGGAAGCGAAGAUGCAGCCAACUGCUUGUGGCUGGUAACAAAUUCCAAGCCUUGUCCAAACUGCAAAAGCCCCAUCCAGAAGAAUGAAGGUUGCAACCACAUGAAAUGUUCAAAGUGCAAAUUUGACUUCUGCUGGGUAUGCCAAGAAUCUUGGAAACGUCACAGUUCGGCUACAGGCGGCUACUUCAGGUGUAACAGGUUUGAAGCUGUUCAUAAGGCAGACGAAAAACAGGGUAGCUUGAUCACUGAAGCCAUGGACAGAAACAAUCAAAUGCAGGAAAUGUCGCGCUUUCUCCACUUCUAUACCAGAUUUAGAAAUCACGAAAACAGCCAAAAACUUGAAGAGCCGCUACUGACCAGCGUCAAGCAGAAGAUGGACGUGUUGGCAAGCAGUUUGGGCUUAAAAAGUGGUGAAGAUGCUGGAGAGAAAAACACUAAAUUUAUAGAAGACGGAGUCAGGGAAUUGCUCAAAGCGAGACGAGUGCUAUGCGGCUCUUACGUUUAUGGAUAUUACCUCGAGGACGAUGGUUACAACAAAACAAUAUUCGAAUUUAUGCAGAAUGAACUAGAAGAAGUGACUGAAAAGCUCAGCGAGAUGAUAGCUAGGCCAUACUUGCGCACACCAAAAGCUGUGAUAGUACAAACAACUGCUUUAGCUAGAAGAAAAAGGCAUGAGUUUGUCAGAGCUGUCGCUCAGGGGCUAAUACCUCCCGAGACUCCACCAAUGCAGAGGAAGAGGAAAAAAAGAUACUUAGAUUCUGACCUCACUCAAACCAGCGCGUGGCUGAAAGACUGUGAAUGGCCUGAGUAUGACACAGAUGAAGAAACUGAUUUAAGUGUAACGCACAAAAGCUUUCCUUACAGUCGUGGAUCACCCACAAAGGAGCAUCAGUGUGGACUGUUAUGCAACAGAAGUUGUGGGCGGUCAGACUACAGUAUGGAACUCAUUAUCGCUUUGGAGAUGUCUCGACUUCAAAUGAUAGAAGACAGAAUGAAGCAGGCUCAAGCGAACGUCAUUACACCAGAUCCUGGUUCCAGCAUUUCCAACAACAGCAAUGAAAGUGCUGACGAACAGCUGAAAUUGGCGAUCCAGCUGAGCUUGCAAGAGUCUUCCGCUGCCAUGGGAAAACAUAGCGAGGAAAAUCAAGGGUUAUCGAGUUAUCAGCGAACGAAUGCCGAUAUUACAGUGGAUUAUUUCCUGAAGUCUCUAGCCAAUCACAAGAUCGAUUUGAAAUCAUUGGACAAAUUUGGUUCUGAAGCAGACAAGGAGCUGUUCUUUAGGCCCUGUAAGGGCAACGAAGAUGGAAGAUUCCAGAUCUCUGAUAUCCACGAGAACGGAUUCGCCUUUGAAGACACAGAUGACUACGAUGACACAGACAUCCGCUUGAAGCGUUCCCAUUCCACAGGUGAUCUGUGUGUUCGUAGAAAUGGUCGCGGUACCAGAAUAAGGAUGAAUGGAGGUGAUGAACCCCGUUACCAUCUGGAUUCGGAUCAUAGCAGCCAGCACGAUGAUAAACCCGAAGAUAUGGUGAGAAGACUUCUUUCACUGCCCUCGACCUCUGUUCGCACAAAACAGUUUCUUUUGCUACACACGUCAUAUCCCGAGGAGGAGUCUUACCAAGGCCAAAGUUCAGUGGAAGACACCACCACGUCCGAUUCUAUGAACGCAGAUAUGGAAGUCUGCGGAAUACUUAGUUCGGUUACAGACGAAGACUUAGGCAGAAGCUACGACGAGGAAAUCAAAAAGACUGAUCAAAUAGCCAAAGUUGCUGAAUGCAAGAAGCAAACCCAUAAUCCAUUUGCCACCUUGAAAGCGAAACUGUGUUCAGCGCAUUUACCAAAGACUAGUUAUCUAACGAGAAUAGCAGUAAAUAAGAGUAUAGGUCUAUUAAGCGAGGGCAGAAAUAAAAAGUGCUGUGAGAAUAGCGACAAGAAGUGUUGCGAGGGAACAAGCAGACAAACGGAAGGAUCUGAAGGGGCUCGAAGUAGCGUAGUUAAAAAGUUCGUUAUUGGAAGCGAAUGCAAGAGCGAGAAGCACAGCCCUAAGAAGCACCAAAGGGCGAGCAGCAAAAGGAAUAGUUUCUCGAAGUCGACAGGGUUUUUAUUGGAAGAACAGAGGAGGGCUUGCAAAGGUUUUUCCUCAAACCUGAGGAUAAAAAUCUGCAAGAGCCCAAACAAGUGCAAGAACGGCCACCCUUUGGAGACUGACAGCUCCAACGAGUACGAGAGCGAGACGGGCAUACCUAAAUCUCCCACUCUCUUCAUCUCGGGCGUCUCCAUAUCGCGCACCCCAGAACCCAAAUCGCCGGGCAUGAGCCUCAUCCAGGGCGGAAGGCAAUCGCGCUCUUCUAGUCUAAGCGUUCCCGUGCCUCUAAACUCGUGUUCUCUGAGCAUCUCCAGUACCAGCCUCAACAAUUCCAAUUCUCUUCCUGCUGAACCCUUCACCCCCUCGCUGGUGCGCUCCACUACGCCGGUCACAUCCAGAUCCAACAUCCACACGCCGAGCAGCAGCCCUUCCAGGUCUACCAAAGAAAAUGGCAAGUCCAAGAGUGCUAGUGAACCCGAACGAGAACGAGAGAUGUUUAGGUUUCCAAAAUCCUCCACAGAUGGCGCUCUGAGUUCGGUUCUUCACGUGCAGGAGUCCAACCUUAGUUCAGAUGACUUCCACGAAGCCCUCUUUUUGUUGGAGAGGUCGCCCAAAACCAGGGAUUCGAAGAGAAGGAAGAAAUCGAAGAAGAAGGACAAGGACGACAAAAAGGAGGAUGUGAGCUCUAUCUUGUAAUAUUAAAAGACUGUUUAUAUCGUAAAUUGUUGUGAAAAAACGUAUCGUAAAUGCGUUUUUGUGAUAAACUAGCGGUAAACCAAAAAAAGUGACCAAAACUAAGUAGUAAUUGUUCUAACUUUAGUUCACCAUUUUAUACGUUUUUGUAUGUUCAAACGAGAUUUCUACAGCGUUUGCUACUAGUCAUAUAUUGGAAUUCACAUACGUAUAACACAUAUAUUACAUAUUUCAUAAUCACUCAGUAUUCGUAUAAAGUAAAAUCAACAUACAAUGGAAUUUAUUCUUUGUUAAUAUUAACUAAAACCUAUUUCAUUGCGUUAACUGUUUUUCUUUUAUAUAUUUUGUCCGUUUUAUUUUUGAUUUGAUAAUAUUUGAUCGUUAAUAAAGGUUUCGACCCCUUGUAUUAAGUAAAGAUUUCAGGAAUUUGAGAAUACUUUUCUUACAACCAUAACUUCAGCUAAAUAUUAGUACUGAUUGCGACAAAAACAUAAUACUCAUAUUUACAUAUUAAUCAUUCUCUAUAUUGUUUAUAUUUUAUUAUUCCUGUUACAUAAAUUUUUAAAGUAACCAAUAUCGUCGUUAUUUUAUAGUCAUCAUGUCAUAUACAUUAGAAAAAUAUCACAAACCAUUUUGUAUUAAAGUAAGUAGGUAUAUUGCAAAUGUGCAUAGUUUGUCUUCGAAAUCGUAAUUCUGAAGAAAAUACAAAAUCAUCAAUCAAACAUUUCUCUUCGUAGAAGGAAAAUAUUGAAAUAUCUCAAAAAUCCUACUCCAUUUUAAUUUUUAACGUUGAUUCUGUAGAUAAAGUAAAAUCUAAACGUAUAAAAUGGUACUGACUCUGUGAAAGUUACAAUGUCUUUGGUAAAAAUUUGUAAUUUUUUAUUAUAUACAUAAACCAUUCCAAUAUCACUUCUACAGAGCCUCGAAUUUUGUAAAUUUUUAAAAUUGAAAUUGUUUACAAAAAUGGUACGCAAAUUUAAUUAUAUAUAUGUAUGUUUUUAAACACGUUUAGUGAUUAUUUUAUAUCGAUUUUAAUCUUGUUAGUUUUGUAUUGUAAUUGUUGAUUUUUAAAAUUGUACAAGGUGUUCCAGAGAAACAAAUAAUUUCAUGAAUUUCUAUAAAUUUUCAAAAAUGAAAUUACUUUAGAUAGAAAAAAAAAUAUUUUUGUUACACCGAUGAUCUAAUCUUUGUAGUUAGUACUAGAAUGCCUUGUAAUUCAAAAUGUGUAUUUAAUCAGUUAAUAAUUCAGUUACAGAAUUAAACAUUUUUCUGUUCUCUCGAUAUUUAAAAUACCUCAGAAAAUUACAAAGUAGAAUUAAAAUAAUAAUCAAAGAACAAAGUGUUAAGAUUGUAAGGUUCAUUUCAACCGAUUUAUUGGAAGAUUAUACAAAAAGUGAUUUCUUUAUAGAGUUUAUAACGUUAUUGUUAAAACUGGAUUCGUGUUUAUUUGAUGUGAUACUAAGAAUUGUGUAGCAACGAUAUUAUUUUAAAUGCAAUGCAAAUGAAAAAUAUUUAUAUAAUUUUUUCUUAUACACAAAUUGUCUACUUGAGUAUGAAUAAUACAAUUUUUAUUUUACUGAAUAAAAGAAACUUUGUUUUCCAGAAAAUUGGCCUAGUCUUAGUUUGGGACACAAUUAAUUAUAACUAUCUUUUUAUAUUAGCUUUCAUUGUUCAAAUAUAUAGUUUAUUUUAAUAUUACUCCCACUAAUUGAUAUUUAUAUUUAUUAUGAACUGAAAAGUACAUACAAUCAUGAUUAUUGUCUGUCUUCUUUAAAUCAUUUAAUCUUUCCAUAUUCUAAUGAAAAACGCACACAAUGUAGGUAUAACAAAUUGAAAUGGGUGGAAACAUUACUGUAUUAUAAUAUUAAAAAUAAAUAAAGAUUAGAUGAAAUCAUGUUUUGGUGUAAUUAUUAUUUUAAAAAUUUCAGUAGGUAUGUUGAAAAUGGUUGUGAUAUUAAAUAUUUUCAAAAUUAAACAUGUAGAAGAUGAAAUGUAAACUAUUGUUAAAUGUUAUAUAUUAAAAUGGUAGAGUAGAUUAAUAUGUAACUCUUUGUGAUUUUUUUAGGAAAUAAAUGAAUUUCUCAAA